CGUUCGGAGGUGCCGCCGUGAGCUGCCACGUCCGAGGCCGGGAGCUGCCGCCGCACCAGCCAUGGUGUCAGUAAUUAACACCGUGGAUACUUCCCACGAGGACAUGAUUCAUGAUGCCCAGAUGGACUACUAUGGCACCCGCCUGGCAACCUGCUCUUCCGACAGGUCCGUCAAAAUCUUCGAUGUGCGCAAUGGAGGGCAGAUCCUCAUUGCCGACCUCAGGGGUCACGAAGGUCCUGUGUGGCAAGUGGCCUGGGCCCACCCCAUGUAUGGCAACAUCCUGGCCUCCUGCUCCUACGACCGGAAAGUCAUCAUCUGGAAAGAGGAAAAUGGCACCUGGGAGAAGACCCACGAGCACACAGGACACGACUCCUCAGUAAACUCUGUAUGCUGGGCGCCCCACGACUAUGGCCUGAUCCUGGCCUGCGGCAGCUCCGAUGGGGCUAUUUCCCUACUGACUUACACCGGCGAAGGCCAGUGGGAAGUGAAGAAGAUCAACAAUGCUCACACCAUUGGCUGCAACGCUGUCAGCUGGGCCCCCGCUGUUGUACCCGGAAACCUCAUAGACCAGCCACCGGGGCAGAAACCCAACUACAUCAAGAAGUUUGCAUCAGGCGGCUGUGACAACCUCAUCAAGCUGUGGAAGGAGGAGGAGGACGGCCAGUGGAAGGAGGAGCAGAAGCUGGAAGCACACAGUGACUGGGUUCGCGACGUGGCCUGGGCCCCCUCCAUCGGUCUGCCAACCAGUACCAUUGCCAGCUGCUCCCAGGAUGGACGUGUAUUCAUCUGGACCUGUGAUGAUGCCUCGGGCAGUACAUGGUCUCCCAAACUGCUGCACAAGUUCAACGAUGUGGUGUGGCAUGUGAGCUGGUCCAUCACAGCCAAUAUCCUGGCCGUGUCGGGGGGAGACAAUAAGGUGACCCUGUGGAAGGAGUCGGUCGACGGGCAGUGGGUAUGCAUCAGUGACGUCAACAAGGGCCAGGGAUCCGUGUCCACCUCCGCCACAGAGGGACAGCAGAACGAGCAGUGACAGGACGGCAGGGCCUGCUCCUUACCUGCCACCUCCAGGACUGCCCCUCCCUGGGCCAGCCAACCAGGCCAACUGGGAAGAGGUGUUCCCAACACGACAAGAUUUUCCCAGGAGCCGUUAUGGAUGCUGCCCCAGAGCGAGCGUCUGCCUUAAAUUACAGUUUGUAAUUUACUCUCCGGCUGAAAGCACCCAUGUCAUGAAGAAAAAAACUACAAUGAUCUUCAAAUCUAUUAUUUUAAAAUAUUUUUUGGCCACUUUUAUGUAUCUUUUGGGUUCAGGCAUUAUUUGGGGGUUUUGUUUCCAAAGUAAUUAAAUAAAAUCAUAUUGCUUAUAA